AUGGGAUUUGGCAAACUGUUCAAGAAGAAGAAGGAGUCUUCCACUACUCGUACUACGGGUACUGGAGAUUCCGGUAGUGAUUCUACCAGCGCAAGUCGAAUGACUCGCGUGUGCUCUGACAGCGCUCUACUCUUUGCUAGCACCAGCACCAGCACCAGUAAAAGCAAAAAGACGCACAAUGGCCGUCGCAGUUUGAAGAAGAGACAUCAAGUGAUUAGUCAGUUCCUUCAAGUCACUAGUAGUAGUAGCGCUACUUCUACUAGUAUUAGAUCUAAUAGUACCAAUGGCAACAAGAACCACAUCUGGAAAGAAUCGGAUCAUUCCGAAGGAGCCACUUCAGUCGAGUCCUCUUCUCAUCAUAAUGUGAAUGGGGACACUUUUACGAGUCUACACCGCAUUCGAACUAGCAAUGUUGAUGUUGAUGGGGUAUGCUUUAACGAUGGAACCAGUGACACUGCUUCCAGUGACUCACAAGCCAGUCACGUUCCAGAACCAAAAUCCGUCAGGUUCACUGAAACCGUGGUGUCGCAAGUCUUCAUCGUGGAAAACUGCCACUAUUCGCAGGACGAGGAAAAACCAGACAAACGCAAACUAUACCGUGGACACUCAGAGGCCACUCUGCAAUGCUCCCAUGGGGUACUAUCCACUGCCUCACUCCCACACUAUGACAUUAAUGAACUGUACCGAGCACAGCCCAAAAAGAGAGUCUUCCUCACCGACGAGGAACUCACUCAGCUCAGACAUCAAAAGGAAAGACUCAACAAGUUCAGAAAGAAGGUCAAGAAAAAACACCAAAAGGCACGCAAAGAACGCACACAGAUCAAACUGGAACUCGCCAACGAAGCCAUAGUCAAGGCACAACAGCGACAACAGAGAAUCAUUGAUCAGUACAAAAUGGCCGCGCCAUCGGCACAACAGCAUAGAGUCAGAAGACGCGCAAAGUACAUUCUGGCUCAUGCCGCACGAACUGUUGCACUCGUCCAACGAAGACAGACGUUCCUCAACUCAAUCGUUCAGGCCGCCAAUGCUCUCGCGGAACGAAGGAACCAACAACAAGAAAUGCUAAAUGACAUGCUGCCAAAGUCUAUCGUCAGGAGGCAACACAGAAAGAUAUGGGCACUACAAGCAAGCACCAAGGCAAGAGUAAGACUGUACAACAAGAAACUCGUCAUGGAAGAAACCACACGCGAUCCCGUCAUGGUUCCAUUCAAGAACGCAAUCCAGGAAGACUCAGAUGACGAAUCCGAUUGCUACUAUGACACCGACGAUCAAGGCGAGUACAGUGAUGAUGAUGAUGACGACGACGACGAUGAUCUUGAUUGCGAUGAUUUGCAAUACCGACGCCUCGAAUGGGCUGUCAUUUCCUUCCUGGCGGCGGCCAAGACAAAAGCACCAAGGUCAAGGUCAAAAACCAUUGAGGUCUAA